UUCUCGUCCCACCGUUAAAGAUGACGACGACGACGACUGCGUCUCUGUUUGAAACUUCUCUUUCUCGGUGCUACUCGUCUUCUUCUUCUUCUUCUUCUUUCAAAUUCGAAUCUCCCGCGAAAACGAAAACGCGACUGUUCUCGCCAGCGACUGGGAAUCAUGUUAUCCGAUCGGUGACAGCAUGUCGUAUCCGUUGCGCCUCCGAUGAUCCUGGAUCUGUUUUUCUUUCCAGUAGAAGAAAAGUAGUUGUUCUGUUGUCCACGAUGCAGCUUCUGUCUCAGUCACUUCCCCCAAAUGGAAAUGCAGCUGAAAUUUAUCAACUGAUGCAAAACGAAAUAAAGAAAGUGGUGACAAAGGGAAAGGCUGCUGGUGUGCUUCGUUUAGUGUUUCAUGAUGCUGGAACCUUUGAGCUCGACGAUAAUACAGGUGGCAUCAACGGGUCUAUUGCUUACGAACUCGAGAGACCUGAAAACACAGGUUUGAAGAAAUCCCUAAAGGUUCUAGCGAAAGCAAAGAUAAAGGUUGAUGAGAUACAACCAGUGUCUUGGGCGGAUAUGAUAUCUGUCGCUGGGUCUGUAGCGGUUUCAAUAUGUGGCGGCCCAACAAUUCCAGUAGUUUUGGGAAGACUUGAUUCAACGCAACCUGAUCCAGAAGACAAGCUACCUCCAGAAUCCCUGAGUGCCUCGGGUUUGAAAGAAUGCUUCAAAAGAAAAGGAUUUUCGACCCAAGAACUUGUUGCCUUAUCUGGGGCACAUACGCUUGGGAGUAAAGGCUUUGGAGAUCCAACUGUUUUUGACAAUGCAUAUUACAAAAUCCUUCUCGCAAAGCCUUGGACAUCGGCAUCCAAAAUGACGAGCAUGGUCGGGCUUCCUUCGGAUCACGCCUUAGUGGAGGAUGAUGAGUGCUUAAGGUGGGUGAAACGAUAUGCGGAAGAUCAAGACAAGUUCUUCCAAGACUUCACCAAUGCUUAUACCAAACUAGUCAAUUCUGGGGCCAAAUGGAAAAUGUUAUGAUUUCUAAUUUUACCUUUUGUUAGUUCAUAAAUGUUUAAAACGUACCUGAACAAGUUUGGCAGUAAUGCUUAUUUGAGAGUAUGAGAAAAGUUAUCCUGCCUGUUACUA